AUGCAGCGCUCACUGCACGAAGUGCCAUAUGGCAACCGCACCACCAUCAAACGCAAAAUGGAGCUAUACGACUCAUUCGACAAGAUGCCGCUGUUAGACACCGUGCAAGCGGCAAUCAAGGACGCGCUACCCGCCCUGGAGUACCGCAGCCCCACACCAGCCCAGUCUGUCGCCGUUCCUGCGCUGCUGGGACUCGAGGCAAAGAAGCGCACCAAGGCCACAUCCACGAAGAAGGGCGGGCCCGAGGCCUUCCUCCUCGCAGCCGAGACGGGAUCUGGAAAAACGCUCGCAUAUCUCCUCCCGACCCUAGACGCGAUCAAAAAGGCCGAGCAGCAAGAGAAGGAAGACGCAGAGGCACAAGCACAGAAGGAUGCUGAUGAGGCGGCGGCGAAGGCUCAAGACAAAAGGACUGAUAUAUUUGCGGCAGAGGAGCCCGAAGUCAACAAGGCUGUGGACCCUGCGCGACCACGCGCCAUCAUCCUUGUACCAUCUGCUGAGCUUGUCGCCCAAGUUGGGGCUGUCGCCAAAUCCCUGUCGCAUACUGUCAAGUUCCGCGCCGCGCCCAUAUCAGCAAAGAUGUCGGCGACUGUCAUUCGCAACCAGCUGUUUAAUGAGAAGGGUGUCGAUGUGGUGAUUAGCACACCCCCGCUCCUCGCCAGCAUCGCGGAGAGCAAUCCCAACAUCCUCGCACGCGUGACCCAUUUGAUAUGUGACGAGGCCGACUCUCUGUUCGACCGCUCCUUCAAGCCCAGCACUACUGAGAUUCUCGAACGCGCGACUCCCUCGCUCAAGCAGCUCAUCCUAUGCUCUGCCACUAUCCCAAAAUACUUGGACAAAUACCUCGCCGACAGGUUCCCAGACAUGAACCGACUUGUUACUCCCAACCUCCACGCAAUUCCACGACGUGUCCAACUGGGGGUGGUAGACGUAAACAAGGAUCCCUACCAUGGUAACAAGAACCUAGCCUGUGCCGACACAAUCUGGCAGAUUGGCAGAUCCACUGGCGAAUACGACCCUGCUGAAGGCAAAGAAGCCGUGCCCACGAAGCGUAUCCUAGUAUUCGUCAAUGAGCGCGAAGACACGGAGAAGGUAGCGCAGUACUUAAUGAGCAAGGGCAUCGACGCCCUGGCCUUCCACCGCGACACCGACCCGUCGCGCCAGGCGAAGACACUGGCGUCCUUCACUGGCAGCGACACUUCCACCGCUAUCAAGUCCUCUCCCGAUGCACCUCCAAAACCUGAACUGGCCAGUAAGCGCACUCUAGCCAACACCAAAGUCAUCGUCACUACCGACCUGGGCUCAAGAGGUAUCGAUACUGUUUCAGUCCGACACGUCAUUCUCUACGACGUCCCGCACACGACCAUCGACUUCAUCCAUCGUCUCGGUCGAACAGGACGUAUGGGUCGACGAGGACGUGGAAUCGUGCUGCUCGGCCCAGGAGACCGAGCCGAUGUUGUAAAGGAAGUCAGAGAAGCCAUGUACAGAGGCGAAGCUCUGAUCUAA